ACACUGAUACAUUGGCCACUGAUACAUUAUUCCCAGUGAGACUCGCGUGCCCAGAUACACACGACGCCGGGGAUGACAGAGGCAGAGAAUUGUCCCGGACACCUCGCGGACCGGUUCGCCCCGGACCCCGUGCAGUCUGCGCCGGGCUGGAGAAUCCAGCAACAUUACCUGAACAAGGUGCUGGUCGGCAACUGGGCGGAGGAGCGGCUGAAGUUCAUCAAGGGAACCUGCUUUGGGACGACCACGUAUCGAGCCGACUACAAGCGCUACCCGUUCGUGUCGGCCGAUGUCAAGGAGAAGAUUUUGAUCCAGCAGAAGCACAAGGGCGUCCCCCUUUCAGUUUUCUUCUCUCACCACGACAUCCCUCGCUCCUGGUAUCUCGUGAGUCAUUACGAUGAAGCGAUCAACAAACGGCCAAACCCGUGUCUGCCUCCGCUGCGUACGUGGGAUAAGAGAAAUGUGGUCUGGCAUCCUGAACGAACAGAUUACCCAAUAAUAGCUCCGCCUACUAACUUUGGCCUCGUGCAAGAGAAGAUGGUAAAAGUGCACGACCAGAAGCUGCGGCAUCACACGAUGUAUCAAAGUGUGUACAACAUCUCCUACGGGCCACACUCCAUUGCCCACUUAUGCCUGUGACAACCCAACAGCAUAUCCAGGAUGCCCAUCCCCACAACAUCCUUGCAUCUUCCCCAGCCCACCUAGCACAGCAACGUGGCAAGGCAGACAUUCAACGGCCACGGGUGGAUUCAUGAAGGUGUUGUAUUGGAUACACUUCGACCCCGACAGAAUGAACCAGAGCACGAAACUCAUGGACAACUAUCAAACAAAAACUAUCUUGAAAAAAAUAUGCAGUAGCAAACUUCUGCCAUUUGUGCUGUGUGUGUUUGUAUCUACGUUACUGAACCUGGAAGGAGGUCAUAAGGUCGGAAGGGAUAGGACCAGAAUUAGGCCAUUCGGCCCAUCAAGUCUACUCUGCCAUUCAGUCAUGGCUGAUCUAUCUCUCCCUCCUAACCCCAUUCU